AGAAAGGAGAGGAGGAAGAGGAGGAGCGUGGGCCCCCUACUCCUAGGCCCGAAGCCGCAGCCGCAGCCGCGCGGGUGGAGAAGGGGCCCAGCAUUCGAAGCGAGAGGGGGAGGAGGGGGAGGAGGAGGAAGAAGGGGAGGAGGAGGGGAAGGGCCAGCUCCAGAGCCCUCCCCGCCGCCCGCCCGCCCGCCCGCGCGCGCUGCAGCCUCCCCGGGGCCUGGGAACGAGACCAAGGGCAAUGGCCGAGGCGGCUCCUGCUCCGAUUUCUCCAUGGACAAUGGCAGCAACAAUUCAGGCCAUGGAAAGAAAGAUUGAAUCCCAGGCUGCCCGCUUACUGACCCUAGAGGGACGGACAGGCACGGCUGAAAAGAAGCUAUGUGACUAUGAGAAAAUGGCAGUAGAGUUUGGGAACCAGCUGGAGAGCAAAUGGGCCGUGCUGGGCACCCUGCUUCAGGAGUACAGAUUGCUGGAAAGGAGACUGGAGAACAUGGAGAAUCUACUGAAAAACAGAAAUUUUUGGAUCCUACGGCUGCCCCCAAGCAGUAAAGGGGAGGUCCCCAAGGUGCCCCUGACAUUUGAUGACGUGGCUGUGUAUUUCUCGGAACAGGAGUGGGGCAAGCUGGAUGAAUGGCAAAAAGAUCUUUAUAAGCAUGUGAUGAGGGGCAACUAUGAAACACUGGUUUCCCUGGACUAUGCCAUUUCCAAACCUGAGGUUCUCUCUCGGAUUGAACAAGGGAAGGAACCAUGUGGCUGGCGACGUGCAGGUCCCAAGAAUCCAGACAUCCAUACAGACCCAAACCCAGGAUCUCCUGUUCCUGCUCCUGACCUUUUACUUCAAAUCAAGCAAGAAGGAGAACUGGGACUCCAGGGGCAACAGGCUUCUGGGGUAGAGGCAUGGGUGGCCAGUCAGCCAGACACUGGAGAAGAAUCAUGGGCCCUAAGUCAGUUGAACUCUGGGGCAGCAGAACUUUCUACUGAUGUUAGUCCUGGUAUGCACCCUAGUUUUUCCACUGCCAUCCCAACCAACUCAUGGCAGGCAGAACUGCCACCCCACCACCCUUCAUCAGCAUGCUCAGAUGGAACCCUGAAACUCAGUACCGUGGCCUCUUCGGAAGCGGAUGUGAAAAUCGUGAUUAAAACGGAGGUCCAAGAGGAGGAAGUCGCUGCCGCAGCAGCCCCAGUCCACCCUGCCCACCUGGAGGCCCACGGGGCUCUAUUUGAACCAGGCCAAGUCUCUAGGCUCUUCCCCAAUACUGUCCAAGAUACAGCCUGGGAGAAUCAGGGUAACCCCUUUCCUUCCCAGGAAACCCUGCUGGGGCUAAGGGAACCCACCCGGCCAGAAAGAGAUCUCAGUGAGCUCAACCCGAUUAUGGCCCCGGAAGAGACUCUGCCUGGAGAUUGGCUCUUCGGUGGGGUCAGGUGGGGAUGGAAUUUAAGGUACAAGCCUCCCAUGAACCUUCCUCCCAGGACUGGUCCUGAAGGGUUGACUUAUUCCGCCCCUGAUCAUGGGGGAGGCUCUCUGAAUCCCAGCCAGAGCCCAAGACCCUACAGUGAAUCCUGCAAGUACCCAGGCCGGACAAAGGGGUUUGGCCACAAGUUGGGUCUUAAAAAGCAUCCGCCGGCGCCCCCUGGGGGAAGGCCCUUCACCUGCAGCACGUGUGGGAAGAGUUUCCAGCUGCAGAUCAGCCUGACCAUUCACCAGAGCACCCACCAGCGGGGAUGCGCCAGGUCGGGCCAGGACUCGGCAGCCCGAGACGGCAAUGCCUUGCGGUGUGGGGAAUGUGGACGGUGCUUCACCCGGCCGGCCCAUCUCAUCCGGCACCGGAUGCUGCACACAGGUGAGCGGCCAUUCCCCUGCACCCAGUGUGAGAAGCGCUUCACAGAGCGCUCCAAGCUCAUCGACCAUUAUCGCACCCACACAGGAGUGCGGCCCUUCACGUGCUCGGCCUGUGGCAAAAGCUUCAUCCGUAAGGACCACCUCCGCAAACACCAGCGUAACCACACAGCAGGGCCUAAGGGGGCGGCCCUUGGACCACCCCUCCCACCAGCCACCAGCAGUCUCCCAGAUCCUUUUAAGAGUCUUGGCUCCAAAGGACCAUUGACCCCAACGGAACUGGCGAGUGACUGGACUUACGGUCUGAAUGCCCUAGGACCUACAGAUGGCAACAGUCUGUGAGGUUGGGCAGAUCAGGAACUGGGCAGCUCCCUCCCCCUGAUGCUGCUGCCAGUUCACAAAUUGAAAAAUAAAAUUUCCAGAUACCAGGAUAUUAGGAGAAUGGAGACAGCAAACAUGGCAAAUAUGAAAAGAAAAUAGCAAAUGUAAGAUGACAAAUAGUAGUCACCUAAAAUUGAUCAUGACGAGGAGCGAGAGAAGCUGUCAAUAAAAAUUCCACUUGCAAACAAAA